AUGGCAGAAUCAUGUCAUCUAUCACUGAUCCUACUGGUCAUCCUCACAAUCAGAGGAGUACUGGGCCAGAGGAUCAUAGGGGGUCAGGAGGUAACACCCUACUCUAUAAAGUACCAAGCCUCCAUCCAGUACAACAAAUACCACUACUGUGGAGGGACCCUCAUACACCCUCAGUGGGUGGUGUCUGCUGCCCACUGCUGGAGACCGGCAUACCUGAUCAAAGUGGUACUGAGUGAGCACAGCUUCUCCAGAGUGGAGGGCUUUGAGCAGGAGUUCAACGUCUCCAAUGUGCUGGUCUACUACAUGUAUAACUACAGGACCUUUGACAACGACAUCAUGCUGCUCAAACUGGAGAGGCCCGCAACUCUCAACGCCAAAAUCCAGCCCGCCAUCCUGCCCAGAGUGGACAUGCCCCCGUUGCAGCAGGGAAUGACCUGUACGGUAAGCGGCUGGGGGGUCACCAAUAUCUUCAGCUACUACCUGUCUCCCGUGCUCCAAGCUGUGGAUGUUGACGUCAUCACCAACUGCCAGUACUACUACUACUUCAGGAUUACAGACAACAUGCUCUGUGCCGGCUCUCGCGUCGGCGGGAAGGACUCCUGUCAGGGUGACUCAGGCGGCCCUCUGAUCUGUAACGGGCACUUUGAGGGCAUCGUGUCCUGGGGCAUCAGCUGUGCCAACCCCUAUUUCCCUGGUGUUUACACCAAGGUCAGUAAGUACAUCAGCUGGAUCAAGUGGAUCACGCAGAACGACAGCUAGCGACGCCAUCUUAUUUUUGGUCUUCUCCUUUGUAAGGAUCACAAUGGGAUACCAUGGACAGAAACUGAUAGUGUAUCAAUAUAGGACAUAAGUCGGAAGUUUACAUACACCUUAGCCAAAUACAUUUAAACUCAGUUUUUCACAAUUCCUGACAUGUA